AUGUCCGACUCUACUCAAAAAAUCGGUGGUGGUGCCAUCAAUGAAAAGCAACGCAAAUUUCAGCAGGAAGAUGGGUCCAUUCCGGAAACAGAACACAAGACGUUCAACCCCGCAAGUCGCUCGCAUUUGAUGCAUGCGAUUGAAGGUUUGGAUAGGUAUCCUGCAUAUCUCAAUAGGUGGUCUGAAGAUGAUAUCCUGUUGCUAGAAGAAUCUUUGGAGAACCAGUUGAAGAAAGUCAGACAACAGAAAGAAGCCAUAAAAGGCAAAAGGACCAAUCUAAAGACUGUAGUGGAGAAUCUCUGCACGAAGGAGCCAGAAUGGCUGGAAUUCUUGUCGCCUCCCAAAUCAUGGGAGGAACUGAAAACUAGUAUUUUGGACGAACAAAUAGCAGCGGCAAUCUUUCGUUCGCGAUGGUUUCGGAGAUCCCAAAAUCAAUUACCUGCUCUCAGCGUUCAAAAUGUCAUUGAUGGCUCUGUAAAGGUUGAAAUUGAUGGAGGGAACUUGGAACCGAUCAUGGACGAAGAGAUGUUUGACGUAUAUUCCUUCCCUCUCUUGGCUCCCUCUUUUUGUGCAAAGUUACGUUCCUACUUCAGUCGCGUCAUUCAAGAACUCGAGGAAGACACGGACGAGUCACUAAGUCGUGGGUUUCAAGAUCUUGAUAAUCUUGGAUUGGGCUGGUUGAACAGCUUACUAUUGCAUCUGAUUGUCAGACCAGUUUCAAGUCAUCUAUACAUUGAGACAGAGUUGAAUGGAGGCGAUUUGGACUGGAGACAGGGAUACAUUGCCGCUUAUGCUGCGGAUCCAACCGCUACAAAACCUAGGCAACGGCUUGUACCACACACGGAUGAUUCGGAAGUCACUCUGAAUAUUGGCAUUGGAGAAGAGUUCAGCGGCGGGCUUUUGAAUUUCUGGGGGCUGCGAGGCACAUCAGAAGCUGGAAAAUUGGUUGGCCAGUACCAACCAGAGAUUGGUAGAGCAGCGAUCCAUUCUGGAAGACACUUUCAUGAGGUUACUGCAAUUACCAGUGGAAACCGCUUUGCAUAUAUCUUGUGGGCCAGAUCAUGGGGAGGAGUCCGUUCUAGUACCUGUCCUUGUUGUUGGCUGAACCGACGAGACGAUGGUUCCUGCAUAUCUGGCCCCAAAUGGAACUGA